AUGAUUGUAAGAGCUGCAAUCCAAGCCCUCAUGGCAACGUUCAGAAAGGGCGGAAGAGAAAAACAGGGAUAUGCAGGGAUGAUACAGGCAGAAGAGCUCGGCAAGCCGAUUUCCGACCAGCCAGUUGGCCUUGCCUGUUCUGCAAAGGCUGCGCGGCUCAUGCAGAAGGCCAUCCAAACAUGGCAGAACCAAGCGUCCGAGCACCUGGAAGCGUACAUGGAGUCUUUGGAGCAAGAGAUGCAAAAGGCCGACGGAGCUGAGAACUCGGCCAAGCAGCGCAUGGUCCUGCGCUGGGCCGUUGCUGCUCUUUCCCCGCCACGGUGCCAUUUGAGUGAUGGAUGCGAAGGCAAGAUGCCGGUAUCCAACACAUCCAACGACCAGUCGACGCCCGGCCUUAAGUUGUGGUUUGCCGGGAUCGAGAGGACCUGGCAGAUUGGCGCCUUGCGCCCAUGCGAUGCUUGCAGUCACUGCUCCAAAUAUUUCAGGAACUCGCCGCGAAAGCAUGAUCGUGUGCAAGAAGCAAGGGGCUCGGCUAGAAGCUAG